AUGGGUCGUCUUCACAGCAACGGAAAGGGAAUAUCGGCCUCUGCCGUCCCCUACUCUCGCAACCCCCCCGCUUGGUUGAAGACCACUCCCGAGCAGGUCGUUGAGCAGAUCGGCAAGCUCGCAAAGAAGGGUGCCACUCCCUCCCAGAUUGGCGAGAUCCUUCGUGACUCUCACGGCAUCGCCCAGGUCAAGAUUGUCACUGGUAACAAGAUCCUCCGUAUCUUGAAGUCAAACGGCCUCGCCCCCGAGAUCCCCGAGGACCUCUACAUGCUUAUCAAGAAGGCCGUUGCCGUCCGCAAGCACCUUUCCACCAACCGCAAGGACAAGGACUCCAAGUUCCGCCUCAUUCUCAUCGAGUCCCGUAUCCACCGUCUCUCCCGCUACUACAAGACCGUCGGUGCCCUCCCCCCUACCUGGAGGUACGAGAGCGCCACCGCCUCUACCCUUGUCGCAUAA